CCCUCCCUCUGCAGACUUCAGCUCCUUUUCUGCGGCCAGUUCGCCCUGACAGCAGCCGACUCUGGCGCACACUCCCAUUCCAAACCAUUAUCUAUCUUUAUUAUAUCUUACAGCAAAGACCAUCUCACGCCCGUUUCAACGCAGCGUUUUCCGGGGACCAGCGUAGCAGCCUCGUGUAGAAUGGGGAACCGAGACGAUGAAUACGAUUUCUUGUUCAAAGUCGUGUUGAUCGGGGACUCGGGUGUAGGCAAGAGUAACCUUCUGUCUCGAUUCACAAGGAAUGAGUUUAACUUGGAGAGUAAGAGCACCAUUGGGGUGGAGUUUGCCACACGCAGCAUCCAGGUGGACGGAAAGACAAUAAAGGCUCAGAUCUGGGAUACUGCAGGACAGGAGCGUUACAGAGCCAUCACCUCAGCGUACUACAGAGGGGCAGUGGGGGCACUCUUAGUCUAUGACAUUGCCAAACACUUGACUUAUGAGAAUGUGGAGCGUUGGCUAAAAGAGCUGAGGGACCAUGCGGACAACAACAUAGUGAUCAUGUUGGUGGGAAACAAGAGCGACCUGCGCCACCUCAGAGCUGUGCCCACAGACGAGGCCCGGGCCUUCGCAGAAAAGAACAAUCUGUCAUUCAUUGAAACUUCAGCUUUGGACUCAACAAAUGUCGAAGAGGCCUUCAAGAAUAUUCUUACAGAAAUAUAUCGGAUUGUAUCGCAGAAACAGAUUGCAGAGCGGUCCGCCCAUGAUGAGUCUCCAGGGAAUAAUGUGGUAGACAUCAGUGUGCCACCGACCACAGACGGCCAGAGGGGGAACAAGCUGCAGUGCUGUCAGAAUCUGUAGCCCUGCACGUCUCACCUUCACCUGGGUCAAUUAUUAGUUGAAAUCUAGUGUGCUGGUCUGCUUCCAUUUGCUUGAGGUGCAAUAUUGUGUUAGUCUGCACUUUUUAAUGAGCAAGAUCAGUUCCUUUAAGUCACAAAUGUUCAGUCCUCUGAGCUGUAUGAAAUGAUUUCAAAUCAUAAUGACCCAGGUUUGCUACACUGUAGUGCAAAGCCAGGACUGAUGGUAUUGUUCAAAAGCUACCCGUUACUUUUGAUUGUGGAGCAGACGGCUGAGGCCUUUUCUGUGCUGCAGGCCUCCAGGUAACCCUGCUUGUUUCUCUUCAUACCAGCAGUCCUGUUUUGGGCUUCCUCAUCCUUGUCAAGUCAUCAUCUCAAAGUGGUUUUGAUGCUGCUGAUGCUUUCUUUUUGUGUAAAGUAUAUUUUUUGUUUUGAUAGCUUGUCUGCUCACAUACAUUAUAUUAAUGCCAUGGAUAAAUUUUACAAUACUGAGA